CGUAGUUGUACCGCAUCUUAUUACGCACAGAAUUGUUUUGAAAGUUUUGAAAGUAGUUUUUGUAGUGUUAUUUGUAAGAUUUCAUUGUAGGCAUCAUGGCCAACAAAUCUGGAAAAGUGAAAUCGAAGUCUCGAUAUACAGAUUUGCACGACAUUGUUGAUGAGCUUCAUAGAGAAAGUGACACGGAAUAUUUAUUUGAAGAAUCGAUGAGUGAACACAGUUAUGAUUCCAACAUCGAGGAGCUUUUUCUGCAAGGACAGGACGCAAUUCUCGACCGUGAUAGCGACUCCGACUGGGAGCCUCCGGUGCCAAGGUGCCCAUCCCCCACUGAAGCGGGUUCAUCCAGCCGGACUCCUGCUGUCUCUGGCUCCACACCUACCCCCGCCCGGCCAUCUAAAGGUGGGAAGAGGGUACCAAAGAAGCGGAGGAAGGGAAAUAUGGAACCUGCUGGAAGAGAGGUAGAGGGGCAAUGGCACUCUGUGCUGGAGGAAGAUGUGGAGCCCCGUGCUCCAGUUUUCCGACCUAAACGGCAACCGGGACCCCAACUGGAUAUGACAUCGAAGUAUAGCCCGAUGCAACUUUUCCAACUGUUUUUCACCCCGGCAGUUGUUGAUUCCCUUGUUUGUAAUACUAACAAGUAUGGGGCUCGGAAGCAAGCAGGAAAGAAACAGGCAUGGAAGCCCAUUUCCAUGUCWGACAUUUUCUGCUACCUUUCACUGGUAAUUUACAUGGGGCUGGUGAAGUUCAAAACCCUAAAGGAUUACUGGAAAACAUCCGAACUCUAUCAKCUGCCUUUCCCCCCCACUGUCAUGUCCUCUACCAGGUUUUUAAAUAUCUCACGGGCGCUGCACAUCAGUGACCCAGAAGAUGAUGAGGAGAAUGACAGGAGGAGAGGCACCGCACGGUUUGACAGGCUCUGCAAAGUCAAACCUCUCUACCACAGCAUGGUUGAGGCUUACCUGAGGAAGCGGGAUGUGUGGGCUUGUGGCACUAUUCGGACCAACAGAGUGGGAUUUCCAAAGACCAAGGUGAAUGACAUGCCUAAGCGGGCUGAGCGGGGUUCCAUGCGAUGGAUCCGUGAAGAUGGCCUGCUGUUUGUGAAGUGGAUGGACACUCGGGAGGUGGUGAUGUGUUCGACUAUUCACAAGUCAUUCAAUGGCGACCAUGUCAGUAGGCGUGUAAAAGAUGCUUUGGGUGCAUGGAACAACAAAAAUGUCCCCAUUCCUGCAGCCAUCAAGGACUACAACAAGAGCAUGGGAGGUGUAGACCUAUCAGACGCACUGAUUGGAAAGAGACUGCUAUGGGACAUGGCACAGGCAGAAAAAUAUUGUGUAGAGGACUUCUAA